AUGGCAACUUCACUUCUAGGGGAAGAACCGCGUUUGGGCUCCACUCCUCUGGCCAUGCUCGCCGCCACCUGCAACAAGAUCGGCAGCCCCAGCCCGUCGCCCUCGGCCCUGUCGGACAGCGCGUCGUCCUUCGGCAAAGGCUUCCACCCGUGGAAACGGUCCUCGUCGGCCGGCAGCUGCAACGUCGUGGGCUCCAGCCUGGCCGGCGUCGGGGUCUCGGCCUCGGCGCGCAACGGCUCCUCGGCUCACGCGGCCGCGGCGGCGGCGGCAGCGGCGGCGGCGGCCGCCCUGGUGUCCGACUCCUUCAGCUGCGGCGGCUCGCCGGGCUCCAGCGCCUUUUCGCUCACGUCGAGCGGCGCGGCCGCCGGCUCGCCCUUCGCCAACGACUACUCGGUGUUCCAGGCGCCCGGGCCGUCGGGCGGCGGGGGCGGCGGCGGCGGCGGCGGCGGCGGCGCGCAGGAGGCCGCGGCGCACCAGCCCGUCUUCAUCUCCAAGGUGCACGCGUCGGUGGACGGGCUGCAGGGCAUCUACCCGCGCGUGGGCAUGGCGCACCCGUACGAGUCGUGGUUCAAGCCCUCGCACCCGAGCGACGCGGGCGCCUCCAGCUGGUGGGACGUGGGCGCCGGCUGGCUCGACGUGCAGAACCCCAACGGCGUCCACCCGGCGGCCGCCGCCGCCGCCGCCAGCGGGCUCCCGGCGGGCUCCCUGCACUCGCCGCUGGGCGCCUACAACUCGGAUUACUCGGGCCUGGCGGGCCACUCGGCCUUCAGCAGCGGCGCCGCCUCCUCGCACCUGCUCAGCCCGGCCGGGCAGCACCUCAUGGACGGAUUUAAGCCCGUGCUGCCCGGCUCCUACCCGGACGCGGCGCCCUCGCCCCUGACGGCGGGCGCGGGCGGCUCCAUGCUGGGCGCCGGGCCGGCGGCGCCGCUGGGCGGCUCGCCGCGCUCGUCGGCGCGCCGCUACUCGGGCCGCGCCACCUGCGACUGCCCCAACUGCCAGGAGGCCGAGCGGCUGGGGCCGGCGGGCGCCAGCCUGCGGCGCAAGGGGCUGCACAGCUGCCACAUCCCGGGCUGCGGCAAGGUGUACGGCAAGACGUCGCACCUGAAGGCGCACCUGCGCUGGCACACGGGCGAGCGGCCCUUCGUGUGCAACUGGCUCUUCUGCGGCAAGCGCUUCACGCGCUCGGACGAGCUGCAGCGCCACCUGCGCACGCACACGGGCGAGAAGCGCUUCGCCUGCCCCGUCUGCAACAAGCGCUUCAUGCGCAGCGACCACCUCAGCAAGCACGUCAAGACCCACAGCGGCGGCGGCGGCGGCGGCCCGGGCGGCGCGGGCGGCGGCGCGGGCGGCGGCAAGAAGGGCAGCGACUCCGACAGCGAGCACAGCGCGCCCGGCAGCCCGCCCUGCCACUCGCCGGAGCUGCUGCCGCCGCCCGAGCCCGGGCACCGGAACGGCCUGGAGUGA